AUGCAUGAGGCUGAGAGAGCUGGGAAGGAUCGUCAAAAGACCUGCAGCCAGGAAUCGAACUCUGGUCACCAUGAGCAUUUCGACCUGAUGCCACUGAAAAGGGAGAUUCAAGAAUAUCUGAUUGAGAAACAUAACGACUACAUACCUACAGAAAGUGAAUUCAUUUGCUCGCAGACUAUGAUGAGCUCACAAAAGGCUGCUCAAAAAACAAAGACCGCACAUCCUCCCAAAUGCGACCAGUGCGGAAGAGGUUUCACUAAAAAAGGACACCUCAGAAACCACAUGAGGACUCACAAUGGAGAGAGCUCUUUCACCUGCCAACAGUGUGGAAAAGGUUUCACUCAAAAGUCAAACCUCAGAAACCACAUCAAAAUUCAUAUCGCAAAAAACGCUUUGACCUCCCAACAGUGUGGCAAAUCUUUCAAUCAUAAAGACUACCUUAAACGACACAUGAGAGUUCACACUAUAGAGACUUCUCACACGUGCCCUCAAUGCGGAAAGAGUCUUGCAGACGAAUCGAUAUGUAUCGCCCACAUGAGGAGUCACACUGGAGAAAAACCAUUUGCGUGUGAUCAGUGUGGGAAGAGCUACACAAGUCGGAGUAACCUUAAAUACCACAUGAAUGUUCAUGCAAAUGAGAACAGUUUUAUGUGCCAUCACUGCGGAGUGCGUUUCAGAAGAAGCGCUCAACUGAAGAAACAUGUAAAAACCCACAUCGAACUGGUGCCUUUAAUGUGUCGUCAGUGUGGAAAAACGUUCUCAACAAAAGAAAACCUCGAAGUUCACAUGAGAAACUACUCUAAGGAAAGACCUUACACCUGUCAACAGUGCGGGAAGCGUUUCAUCCGGAAUGCAAGUCUUAAAGAGCACAUGAUAAUUCACACCGGAGAGAAGCCGCACAUCUGCCAACAUUGCGGGAAAAGCUGCUUUCGAAAAGCAUACCUUGAUAUCCACAUAAGGGUUCACACCGGAGAGAAACCGUACACCUGCCAAGAUUGCGGAAAGAGUUUCAUCCGAAAAGCACACCUUAAUACCCACGCGAAAGUUCACAGUGGGGAGAAACCUUACAGUUGUGAACUUUGCGGGAAGACCUCCUAUCGGAAAGAAGACAUUAAAAGGCACAUGAGAGUUCACACCGGAGAGAGGCCUUAUCGCUGCUCCAAGUAUGGAAAGGGCUUCACGUUGUAUCACUCCGCCCGCAGCAAGUACCAAACAGAGGACUAG